AUGUUUAACAAAUUCGCCCUCAAUGGCGUGGCAAUCACGAGACCCUCCUCUAACACAGACACAAAUGCAGCAUCUUCCCAAUCCAAGAAACCGAACCAAGAGCCCAAAAGGCACAGACGGGACCAGGUAACCCGUGCCUGCAACUGGUGCAGAGCAUACAGAGUCAAAUGCGACAACGAUCUGCCUUGCCACAACUGUGUCAGCAGAGGCACACAGUGCAGCCGGGAUGGGGAGACUGGGGAGCAGAAGAGGGUUCUCAACUUGGCAAGCGCUCUAAGGGAGAUUGAGACACUAAAGCAGCAGGUUGGGGAUUUACAGGCACAGCUAGACGCCACGCAGACGGCCUCUCAGACCCCUUGUGCCUCUUCUUCAUCCGACUUUACUCCCCAGAACACGUCAAACCCAAAUGACACCGGCGGGCACGGCAGGUCCCUUCCGGAAGAAGAGGAUGGCCAGCAUCUGUUCUCGGAAGCUCUCGAAAUCUGUAAAGCGGACACACAAUUCCAGGGUCCGCUAUCCUCCUAUAUCUUCUCUAAACGCCUCUACUCGUACCUGCGUCAGGUCACUUGCAACAUUCAGCAGCAUGAUAGUGCUGGCAAUUCAGUUCCAACCAUGCUCGAAGACAGAGCAUCAAGGUUUUGGCUGUCGCCGUACACUGGCAAUCCCGGUAUUACUGCUCCCGAGCUGAACCGAGACGUACAAAAUCGCGAUACAGAUGCAAAUGCAGAUUCGUUACGAAACCCUGGCGAGCUGACACCUUCACAAGAGGAGUCUUUCAUAAAUGCAUUCUUCUCUUCCUUGGGUCGGUCUUACCCGAUGACUGACAGGGUCGACUUCGAGGAGUAUUAUCAAUCGCUUUGGGUCCCUGUUCAGGAUACCGACCUCGUGAGGCAGUCAUCUCCAUUGGUUGACAUCAUUCUGGCCCUCAGCAUUCGUUUCAGCGGCGUCAUGCUGCCGGGAGAUGGCCGGGCCGAUGCUCAACCACCUGCAUCCCUUCCACGUCAUUUCGACAUUCUCGCAAUGGCUCAUUAUCUGUAUGACCAGUGUCAGAGGCAGCUUCGCCAAAAGCCUCAUCGAGCCUCACUCGUUAGCUUACAAUGUCGGUUCUGGUGUUCUGUGAACCUUUUCAACACCUUUCAACCUAGCGAGGCGUAUCUGGAGUUGGGCAUGGCAGUCCGGGAGGCACACACCCUUGGCCUCCAUGUCGAAAUGGCAGCAUGCUUGUCCAACAGGACAUUAUUCAAUCAGCCAAGGAUAAGACGGUUGAUGUGGUGGACGCUUUUCACCUUUGAUGCGAGGCUGAGCCUGUAUCUUGGCCGGCCAGGUGGUAUCCAAAUCAGCCACACGACGUGCGCCAUUCCCUCGUCCGUGUUCCCGGAGAACAACAGUGCUGGCAAGGCAUCGUCUACCGAGCAAUUGGCAGCGCGAAUAUUCCAGCAGGUAUUGUUUGGACAGCAGGCAAAACUCUACUUGGCCGCGGGAAUCUUGCACGACACAUUCUACACGCAGUCCGGCAGCAGACGAGGAGAGCUCGGCUUGGAUUUAGUCAAGGGCCGCUCCGACACGGUCGAGUUUGCUGCAGAAACUCUCACCGAUAGCUUGGAUAGCCUGACGGCGUGGGCCGACACAAUACCGCCUUCACUCAAGAGUAGGCGUGAGGGUGGUGGUGUUCCUCUUUCCACAGAUCUUUCGAGGCACGAUUUGCAACACUUUGACCUGGUUGGCCCAAAGUGGUUUCGGAGGCAGACGCUCAUAUUGGAACUACAAUAUCACGAGGCGAUAAUGAUGGCAUCUAGACCUCUUAUCAGCUUUCCGCCAAUAGGUCAGCAAACAGAGCUACCUAUACAAGGGGUGAGCCCACAUCACUUUGAAUCACGAACUUUUGAUCACGCGGAAAAGGCUUCCAGGCAUGCGGCGGCCAUUACCCACACGUUAUACCAGACAUGUGUUGAAACUGACAUUCUCCACGGAUGGAACGAGGUUCUGCAUUACCAAUGGAAUGCUGCCUCAACCUUGGCAGGCUUUUUCCUCGCUUACCCGUCGCAAAAUAGGCUGGGCUUUGAGACAAUGCUUCUCUCUGUCCAGGUAUUUGACAGCACGGGAAAGGCGACGGGUGCGGCCGUUGCUGUAGCACAGCUCGGAGCCACUGUUCAUCGCUUGGCACGCUCAGGCCACCAAGGGGACGGCGUAUUGGAAUAA